AUUAGUGAGUUUGCAUAUAUCACUGUCCAUUUGAAGAGAAAAAAAUCAUAAAAAAAUCGAAUAGAAUGGCUAUAAAGUAAAUAAAUCCCAAAUAAAAUUCUAUUUUGCUUAAAAUAGAUCCUUGGGUUGCAAUGCCGAUGUAAGGUCUCCCUCACUCACUCUUUAACUGUAUAAAUACCUCCAAAUCAUUCCUGUCCGUGUCACAAACCUCUCGCUCUGCCAAAAAAAAAAGCCAUAUUUUUCUCUAUCUCUCCCUCUAAUCAUCCAUUAAAUCAGGUCUAAUCAAAUGGGUUCUAAAUCAGUUGAGGAUAUGAUAGAGGCCUCGUCUGGGGUCCAUUUUUCUGGGUUCCAUAUGGAUGUUUUGGAGUCAAGAAAUAUUGAGAAGCCUACAACCUCACCGUCUACUGAAAAUGUGCAUAAACAGCCUUUUGUUAUUGGAGUUGCUGGGGGAGCAGCAUCUGGUAAGACUACAGUCUGCGAUAUGAUUAUUCAGCAACUUCAUGAUCAGCGUGUAGUAUUAGUCAAUCAGGAUUCCUUUUAUCACAAUCUCACUGAAGAGGAACUUACAAGAGUUCAUGAAUGCAACUUUGACCAUCCUGAUGCAUUUGAUACAGAGAAAUUAUUAGAUUCAAUGGAGAGCUUGAGGCAUGGCAGAGCAGUAGAUAUUCCAAACUAUGAUUUCAAGAGUUAUAAAAAUAAUGUUUUUCCAGCAAGAAGGGUUAAUCCUUCAGAUGUUAUAAUUUUGGAAGGGAUACUCAUUUUUCAUGACCCUCGUGUCCGAGAGUUGAUGAACAUGAAAAUAUUUGUUGAUACAGAUGCUGAUGUACGGCUGGCAAGAAGAAUAAGGCGUGAUACUGUUGAGAAGGGGAGAGAUAUUGGCGCUGUCCUUGAUCAGUAUUCAAAAUUUGUCAAACCUGCUUUUGAUGACUUUAUACUUCCAACAAAGAAGUAUGCAGAUAUUAUCAUUCCCCGUGGGGGAGAUAAUCAUGUAGCAAUUGAUUUGAUUGUGCAACAUAUUAGGACAAAACUUGGCCAGCAUGAUCUCUGUAAAAUCUACCCAAACCUAUAUGUCAUUCAUUCAACCUUUCAGAUACGAGGCAUGCAUACCCUCAUUCGUGACUCUCAAACAACUAAACAUGACUUUGUUUUUUAUGCUGAUCGGUUGAUUCGUUUGGUUGUUGAACAUGGGCUGGGACAUCUUCCAUUUACAGAAAAGCAGGUGAUCACUCCAACUGGGUCUGUAUAUACAGGUGUGGAUUUCUGUAAGAGGUUAUGUGGUGUCUCUGUUAUUAGGAGUGGUGAGAGUAUGGAGAAUGCUUUGCGAGCAUGUUGCAAAGGUAUCAAGAUUGGCAAGAUUCUUAUUCACAGGGAAGGUGACAAUGGUCAGCAGCUUAUUUAUGAAAAAUUACCACAAGACAUCUCAGAAAGGCAUGUGCUGCUACUGGAUCCUAUUCUAGGCACGGGCAAUUCAGCUGUUCAAGCUAUUUCAUUACUUAUAAAAAAGGGUGUACCGGAGUCCAACAUCAUAUUUCUCAAUCUCAUAUCUGCACCUCAAGGUGUACAUGUGGUGUGCAAAAGCUUCCCAAGAGUAAAGAUUGUGACAUCUGAGAUUGAUAUUGGUUUAAACGAAGAUUUCCGAGUUGUCCCUGGUAUGGGUGAGUUUGGGGACCGAUAUUUUGGAACAGAUGAUGAUGACCAGCAAGUGGUGGCCCCUAUGCAAUAGUUCAAUCAGAGCUGCUGAUUUUUCAACCCACAAAUCUCCUCCCAAAUGUUUUACUGCUGAGCUGGAGCAUUCAACUGAGCAUGCUUUAGUCAUGUUGAGCUUCACAUAAUCAGUUUUGAAACAAUUUUGACUUAAUUAGACCUAGAGUCCCAUUGUUGAAUUAAUUUUUUCGUUUUCCUAAAUCUUUUGAGUCACACGCUAGGGGUGCCAUUUAUGUAUCACUCUAUCAUCUAAUGAUAAUACUUGGAAAGGGUCCAACUUACCAGGAAGUUGGAAUAACCUGGCCUAGUCAACCCCCACAUAUAAAACAACUUUGCUUUUUCUUUCGUGGUAUUAGAGGGGAGUAGUUGCUGGCACAACUUUAUAAAUGAUUAGCAGCCUCCCAAUGAUAUGUGUAUCUUUUAAACCCCAAUAUUUCACUUCAAACUUAAAAUAUAAUGAAAUGCCAUUCUACAUUCUUGA